ACAAUAAUUUCUUUCGUGCGUGCCCGUGUCAGAUCAGAAUCAGAAGUUUGUCUACUUUUUGAGUGUUUUUUUGCGCCUCCGCUGUCAAGUAUUAAGUUUGAAAAAAUUAGCUAAUUACACAAACUCAACUUUAUUUUAAUCGUAAAAUUAAAAAAAUCUCCCUCUAUCAAGUAAAUUAUUCUUGAUAAAUAAUCAAAAAAUACCGAAACAGUAUUUUACCACUCGGCAGUCAUAGAGCUCUCAAUUCUCAAACCACAAGGAGGAAGCAGAGAAGCGUUUUUACAUUUUUAUCAGCAUUCAGCUUUGUCGCGAGCAGCAUAAGAAGCCCGUAACUUUAUAACAAAUAUAAUGGAAAAGAGGAUAGAUCUCGAACGGAGAGCACGUCGUGCCAACAAUAUCACAGAGCUAAAUUUAGACAACUGCAGAAGUACCAGCAUCGUUGGUCUCACAGAUGAAUAUACCGCCUUGGAAUCCUUGAGUUUAAUCAAUGUUGGUCUUACCACAUUAAAAGGUUUCCCAAAGCUCCCCAACUUGAAGAGAUUGGAACUUUCCGAUAACAGAAUAUCUAAUGGACUAAAUUAUCUAACAACAAGUCCAAAAUUAGCCUAUCUUAAUCUUUCUGGAAAUAAAAUCAAAGAUUUAGAAGCCCUCAAACCAUUGGAGGCGUUUGAAAACCUUUCGGUUUUAGAUCUCUUCAAUAAUGAGGCUACACAAAUUGAGAAUUACCGCGAAAAAAUCUUUGAAAUGUUACCAUCGUUAGAAUUUUUAGAUGGUUUCGAUGCCAAUGAUGUGGAAGCUCCAUCAGAGGGUGAUGAUGAUGAUGAAGUCAACGGUAAUGACUCUGAUGAAGACAAAAACGCCUUUUGUAUAAACGGUUUAGAAAUUGACUUGGACGAGUUAGAAAAAUUUGAGAAUCUCGUCAAAGCUAAGAAGAAGUCCUCACAAACUAUUUCGUCUCAUGAAAACCCUCAAAAUCCUCCAUCGUUAUCUAAUGAAACCGAUGACUUGGAUGAAUAUCUAAAAGAAUUAAAAUUAAAGGAGUCAUCAGAAACAGAUGAGAUUGCAAAAACUUGUGCAAUUAAAGAAUCCCAUCAGUCUUCCCAACAAUUACAACAGCAACAACAACAAACUCCAAUGAAUUUUGCUCUUUUACUGUAUUGGUUCUUUGCUUUGCUGAAUUUAGUUAAUGCAGCAAAUUUUUCCGAUGAGAUAGUCGAUGAUGAAGACGAUGGAGACGAUGGUGAUGAAGAUGAGGAAGAUGACAGCGAUGAUGAAGAUAAUGGUGAUUUAUCAUUAGCUGAGGUUUAUAAUGAUGAUUUAGAAGAAGAUAAUUCUGAGUGGGACGAAGAAGAUGGGGCCGAUGAAGAUGAUGAUGAUGAAUCUGACGAAGAUGAAGCCGAUGGUGAAGCUGCUCCCGCUGCUGCUGCUGAUCCAUCUGCCGAACAAAAGGAAGCGGAAACAGGGGAAGAACCACAGUCCCGAGGAAAGAAGAGAAAACAUGAUGGUUAAAUGAGUUUUAAAUUAUGUUUUAUUAUUUUUAUUUACAAAAACAAAAAAGAAAAAAAAAUAAAACAUAAUACAAACAAAAAAAUCAAACUAAAAAUAGGAAGGAUUUCAUAACGAAAAAACAAAAAAAGCAAACAGAAAGAAAGAAACAACAAACAAAUAUAUAUUCAAUAUAAUUUUAACAGAAGAACAACUACAAAAACAUCAAUACCCCGACUCUCCCCGUGACCUUAUUUUCCAUUUCAGCCUGCUUGUCUGUUUUAAUUCCAACUCGAAAAAAAAUAAAUCGAGGAUUAUUUUUUAAGGGUAAAUCAGAAAAAAACAAAACCACAAACAAAAAAUAUUGUACAAGAGAAUCAAAAGAAAAAAAAUAUCAUUUAAACCCCCCUAACCUCUUAAAAAAAUAAAAAAUUAAAAUAACUCAGAAUAAGUACUUCCUUUGCAUGUUGACUUUUAAUUGUUUAAUAUGUAUUUCUUCUACUUUGGAUUGAAAAUAAGUUGCACUCAAAUUUGUUUAUUAUAACUUACUUAAGACACAACAACAAAAACGAAAAAAAGAAAGAAAAGCACUUACAAAACACACGAAAAUUGAAAAUAUCAUUUUUAUAUAUUAGUUCAGAUAAUGUAUUCAUUUUUAUUUUAGUUUUUGUGUAUAUAUAUAUUUAUAUUGUAUAUCUCUUGAAAAUUUGUGUAAUGAUAAUUAUGUUGGGUGCCAUUUAUCCACCCUCCCAAAAACCCCAUCAUGAGUUUCUUCUUCAGGCGAAGUUAUAAAAAAAAAUGUUUUUCUCUUUGAGAUUUUCUUUCCUCCAAAACACAAACAAAUGUAAAGAUACUGAUUUUAUUUCAUCUCGGUAGUAAACAAAAAUUAGCCUUGUUGCAUACAAUUUUGACGGCAUUCUAAAGAAAGAAAUAAAGAGACAAUAAAAAGUGUAAGGAUAUUAAAAUCCUUAUUUCUGGAAUCCCACUUUUCACUUGUUAUACGCCUUUUGUUAAAAGAAGAAGUGUUUAUAAGUUUCUAGUGACAAAUGGGAUUCCAUUCAAACGACUUAUGUUCGUCACUUUAAACUCUUAUGACUGAUUUAAAAUAAUUUAUGGAGAGUUCAAUUUUUUACCUUUUACCGUUGUCAAAAAUGUUUUAUGCAACAAGACCUGACUAUCUUCACAAAACCAACAUAAUAUUUUUUUGUUUUAUUUGCACGUUCAAUAUUCCGUUCUAUUUGCGCGCUAUUGCUAUUUAAAAAUCAGUCUUUCUCUUGAUAUAUUCUGAAAGCGACGUUUUUUUCGAAUGCAAUUUUGUUUAAAUAUUUAUUGACCAAUUCUUUGAUUAUUAUUGAAUAAUGUUUUUAUGAAUUGCCUUAUAUUUGUGGUCGUACUCUUUAGAGAUUUAGUCAAAAUCAAAGGUGCGACCAUGGAAACAGCCUGACUAUUCAUAACAACACUCAUGGUUUUUUUUCUGUAUCCUAUGUUUACAUUAAUUUUGUAAUUCUUAUCAUUUUUUCUUCUUUAAUUGUGUACUUUAAAACAAAACCAAACAACAACAACCACAAAAUUAUUAGCGACAAACAAAAAAUAAUUGAGCAAAACAACAUAAUUCUGGGAAAAAAUUGAUAUAAAAAAGUAAAUUAUCCUUUUAUUUUUGUAAAGUGUUAAGCAUUUAAAAAAAAGAAUAGAAAACAAAAAAAAAUUAUAAAUAAUUUUUAAGUAAGGCCUUGGAUUAACCGAGACACAUUUUUAAUAAAAAAAAAACUUUAAAAAUA